ACGUGUUGCGAUUGGUCGGCGGGGCUGUCAGUCAGCAGGCGUUGCCAGGUGCGGGUGGGGAGGAAUACUGUGGCGUUAAAAAAAAAUGUCCUCUGUGCCUGACGGCAAGAAGCUGGUCCGGAGUCCGAGCGGGCUUCGUAUGGUACCUGAGAAUGGGGCCUUCAAUAGCCCUUUCGCGUUGGACGAGCCCCAGUGGGUGCCGGAUAAAGAGUGCCCAAGAUGUAUGCAGUGUGAUGCCAAGUUCGAUUUUCUCACGAGAAAGCACCACUGCCGGAGGUGUGGGAAGUGCUUCUGUGACAAGUGCUGCAGCAGGAAGGUGUCUCUGCCGCGGAUGUGUUUCGUCGACCCUGUGCGGCAGUGUGCGGAGUGCAGCCUCGUCUCGCAGAAGGAGAUGGAGUUCUAUGACAAGCAGCUUAAAGUGCUGAUGAACGGUGGCACUUUCCUGGUGUCCCUGGGCACAUUGGGGAAGUUGGAGACCAUGGUGUGCCGGCUCUCUAACAAUCACAGGUAUCUCUUCCUGGAUGGGGAAAGCCACUUUGAAGUGGAGCUGUCCCGAAUCUCUAGCAUACAGAUGUUGACAGAGGGCUUUACACCUGGAGAGAAAGACAUUCAUACUUACACCAGUCUGCUGGAGAGUCAGUAUAUAUCUGAAGGGGGAAACUCCAGGGCUGCUGGCAUGAUGCUCCAGUAUAAAUCCGUGGGCUCACAGGAGCUACAGCAGCUGCGGGUGGAGGUCGCAGAUGACAAGAAGACUGCCUCCAUGUGGCUGGCGGCCAUGCACAAGGCUGCAAAACUUUUGUAUGAAUCUCGGGACCAGUGACAUGACCGUGUAAAGGAGAGGGAGACAGCCCAAGUAUUUCCUAAUUUAUAGUUUCACUUGUAUUUUGAAAUGCCUGCAUUCUGUAUAUUCAGCUUUCUGGCCUCAGUUAAGACACGGUGUAUUCCUAUUUUCAGUGUUCUGGGGCACCACAGGUAUUUACUGAUUCUAGUGCAAUAUAUACUUGUUUAAUAAAUGCUUUAAAUGUAGUCUCAUGCAUUCAAUUUUGUAAAGAUAUUUUGUUAAAUAUAUUCCUAUUUUAACUAAUUGAUGUGGCAGUGUAAGUACUUUUUACUGCCAAAGCAUUUACUAUACUUUUUGUAGCAUUUAUGUACAAUUGUUUUUUCCUACACUAAAGGAUGAAUUUAAUAUUCGGUUUUCCAGGGGUUAUGCCAGUUCUUCCUUAAAUGUAAAGGAUUGUAUUUUUCUUUAAGAAACAGCCAACUCUGCCAGUAACAUUCAUAUAUAGCGUGAGAGUGUGAAAUUCACUCUUUUACCUAUUUUUUAAAAUAAAGAAUAGGCACAAUGCAAUAAUACAUAAACGCUGAUUUCUGUUCAUUUGCUGGCUGCCAGCACAUAUUCAUGUUUGUGUGUUAAUAGAGAGAGGAAUUAUUUGGACAGAUUAGCUAAAAUACAUGGUAGUGCUGUUGUCAUUACAAUACAGGACAACAGUCCUUUUCAGGGAGCCAGGCUUGCAAAGGCAGCUGGACAGUAUGACCUAAAUCAGCUGUUUUGUUAAAAAAAAACUAUGAUCAUGCUUGUAAUGAAAGCUUUGAGGAGAAACACAUUAUUCUUUAUGAGCUAGUCAGAGGAGGUGGGGUGAAAACAGAGCCUGCUACGAGCAGACACUUCUUACACUAUUACCUAUAGGAAAACGUCAUUAUAAAAAGUAUUAUACUGUACUCUACAUUGAGGCAUGGCAUCGGGUCUUUGCCAGUUAUGGAUGUGUGGCAUUUUAAUUGUAGUGUAUAGGUAUGGUUCUUUGUUGAUGGUGGGGCCUGUAAGACAUCUUGGCACUGCCUGUAUUAAAUUUUUAUUGUGUGUAUGUCUUUCUUUAAUAAAUUCUUGAAAUUCUG